CUGCUAAUCAUCUCUGUUUCUUCCACACCACUUUCUCUCUUUCUCCACUUCCCAACCAGUUUCCUUAUCAAGCCGAUUCCAUUCUCGCUUAUUGGACACACCUACUUGAUGCCAUGUCCGUGAUUGCUGCUUGUGCCCACCUAGUGGUCUUACUGCAGCUGCUACCCGCUUGUACUAUCAGCGUCGAGAGGGCCGAAAGGGCUGAGAGGGCCGAGAGGGCCGAAGCGAAGGUAUCGCGGACCACUCAUUUCGCCAGCGUGGAAGAGAAUGCUAUCAAGAGGGAAGGGUCGCUGAAGUUAAAGUCGCAGCACAAAGUCGGCCUUGGCGUAAUGAACAGGAGGGGGGUCACCCAGUACAGCCGCCGUUCGCUCAAGAGGGCGAAGAGAACGGAUGGCAAGUUCUUCUGGCCCGACUCUGGCAAUCGCGAGUCGUUCAACUACACCGGCGCGACGGACCUCACAGACAACAUCUCUUGGGGCUGGCACCACCCGGCCGGCAUCUACAACACAAUCCCGGUCGGCAGCCCGCUCAUCGACGACGAGCUUAACAUCUACAUCGGGUCCGACGACGCCAUCCGGAAGUUCGACAUCACGGGGCAGAUCUUGUGGAGCUACGCUCCCCGAGGCCAGCUCGCUGCCGCACCCACCCUGGUCACCGCCGCGAGCCGACGCCAGGCAGCCCGCGUGUCUGACGAAAUGGGCGAGGAGGCAGAGGAUAUGCUGCGGCCUGAUUGGGACAAGGGCAGCGCGUCGAACUCCUUCCAGUUCUUCAAGGACUUUAAGAUCGGCGACGUCGUCAAGGUGAAGCCUGGCCUGAGCUACCGGGCGGACGGCAGGGAGGUCUACAAGGACGGCGACCAGGGGAUGAUCUCCGAGUUCGUUCCUGGGGAAAACAGGGACGGUAGGGCCGUCAUUCUGUGGACGCGCACAGGGCACAAGAGCGUCGUGGAUACCAGCGCCAUGAAGAACCGUUUCGUGCGUGUGCAGCAGACGCUCGGGGAGGAGUCGUUGCCUCCCAUGCUCGUGGGGAGCACCACCGCUGGCUACGUGUUCGCCAUUGCUAUGGACAGCGGGGAGGAGCUGUGGGCAACCUGGGCCUCGAACGACAUCGCUGGCGUCAAGGGGUCUGUCGCAGCCAAGGACGGAGUCGUCGUGGUCGCAACCGACAGGUGCACGGACCGCUAUUGCUACAGGUACCGAAACACGACCAACCCACUCACGGAGGGCAAUUCCAGGGUGCGGGGCCUCAGCGCCGCGGACGGCAGCGCCAUUUGGGAGUACAAGACCAUGGCGCCGGUGUGGAACAUGGUUCCGCUGUGGGGCCCGAACAGCGACGUGAUUUUCCAGGAUUGGGAGGGCCGGCUGUACUCCCUGGACUUACAGACUGGUGCCCUCAGAUACAGGGUGGGUGGCAACAUCGGGACGCACACCCACGCCGCCGCCACAUACGAUGCGGGCCACGAGAUGGUGAUCGCCCUCGGCGUGGGCUACUACCAAGAUAAGUACUGCAAUCCUUACAUUGCACCUGGCAUCCUCAUCAACUGCAACACGUGGCCAGGCGUAAGGGGCUUCAUCCGCGGAUACAACGUCUCCUCCGGCCACAAGCUGUGGGAGCGCGAAACGCCAGAGCCGCCGGCCAGCGCCGCCGUCGGCAUGACCAGCUCUUGGGCGCCGGGUGGUCACACCCGCCUGGUGGUCACCAUGGGCUACAACUGCAUGCAUAACUCGCCGUCGCAGAUCUGGGCCAUCGAUCCGAACAACGGCCACAUCCGGUGGAAGAGGGACGGCCCGACGCUGUGGACCAGCACGUGUGCUGGCGACAAGGAGGGUGCCGACAUCCGCAGGGCCAUGGGCGGCCGCGCCGCAUGCGCGCCGAACAGCUGGUCCGUACCGGCGAUCGAUGCGAACGGUGACGUGUACGUUGGCAAUCAGGUCGGCGUGCUGCAGAAAUGGGGCACGCCGACCGGCAUGACGAGGGACAUCCAGAUCCUCUCGACCCUGAACACUGGCCACGCCUUCCAGGAUACAGCCAUUGCGUUCGCCGAAGGCGUCAUGGCCGUGACCACGUGCACCUCCCUCAUUGUCCUGCAGACGAAUUAUUCAGAGUACUUUACGAGCGAGACCUGGUCAGUCACGGCCCCACCGAACGUUGACGGGGAGCCUUACGGCUACAGCUCGCCCGUUGCCCGCCACUCGGCAGCGGGCAGCGCGUGACCGAGCGCCCCAUGUGGCCGGGCUGCUGCUCCGUGCGAUGCAUUUCGGAGCCGCUUGUCUGCCAAUGCGGAGAACAAGGGCGGAGGACCCCAACAUCCGAUGAGGAGGAGAUGGAGGAGGAGAUCUGGACUUGAUCCUGUUGGGGGCUCCUGCCUCCUGCACGCCUCCCGACCCAGCUCAGCACAAGACGCUGCAUCGACCGACCCUGCGCGCGACACCGCAGCUCCCCUGCCCUUCCCCCCUCGCCUUCCUCCUGGCUACUUCCUUCCCUC